AUGCCUACCGAAUCCUCCUUUACCACGGUCGACAUUCCCAAUGUGGACUUGUGGGGUUUCAUGUUCGAGCGCAAGGACCGUGGCUUCUCGGACGAUCAGGUGAUAUAUCGAUCAUGCGACAACUCCUCACGCAAGUAUACGUGGGUUGAGGUUCGCGAAGCUGCUACUGCCUUCGGCAAAGGCCUGAGGAAUCUGUGGGAUUGGAACAAAGGCGAUGUGCUCGCUGUCUACGCACCCAACGAUAUCGACUUUGCCCCGGUCGUCUAUGGUACCUUUUACGCUGGCGGUAUCGUCACCCCAGCAAACCCUGCUUACUCGGCAAAUGAAUUGGAAUUUCAGCUGUCCAACUCAGAGGCCAAAGCUCUUGUCACGACCAAGGACUUUCUCCCCAACGCUGCAAAAGCUGCAGAGAAAGCAGGGAUACCCAAUGACCGUAUUAUUUUGAUUGGAGAGCAGCGGGAUGAAGCCCACAAGUAUAAGCACUGGUCCAAUAUCCGCCCAACAAGCGGAGCUGUGAGGUAUCGGAGGAGGAAGAUGGAUCCUGACGGUGACCUCGCAUUUCUCGCUUACUCAUCCGGCACCACUGGCCUCCCCAAGGGCGUCAUGCUGAGCCACCGCAAUAUCAUCUCAGAUGUACUGCUGAUCAAUGGUGCGGUGGGGAAGUGGUACUCUGGUGGGAAAGACAAGAUUCUCGGUGUCUUACCCUUCUUCCACAUCUACGGUCUGACAGGUCUGGUCCAUCAGCCACUACAUCGCGGACUUGAAGUGGUGGUCAUGCCUGCUUUCAAUCUCGAGGUCUUCUUGAAGGCUAUUCAAGAGCACAAGAUCACCUUCAUCUACGUCGCCCCUCCAGUCAUCGUCCGUCUAGCACGAGAUGAGAUCGUGGAUAAAUAUGAUAUCCGCAGCGUCAAGAUGAUUACCUGCGGUGCUGCUCCAUUGACCAAAGAGCUUGUCGAUAGUGUGCAUAAGCGCACAAAUAUCAAGAUCAACCAAGCUUAUGGAUUGAGCGAGACCUCUCCCAUGACACACACUCAGCCCUGGGAUGAGUGGUACGACUCGGUGGGGAGCGUUGGCAAGAUGUUCCCGAACAUGAAAGCCAAGUAUAUCUCUCCUGAAGGCAGAGAAUUAGGCCCAGGUGAGACGGGCGAGCUCUGGCUCAGUGGGCCGAACAUCUUCAAGGGCUACUGGAAGAACGAAGCUGCUACCAAGGAGGCUAUGUCGGAAGACGGGUACUUCAAAACAGGAGACGUGGGAUAUCAGGACAAACACGAGAAUUUCUACAUCACCGACCGUGUGAAGGAGCUGAUUAAAUACAAGGGCUUCCAGGUCGCUCCAGCAGAGUUGGAGGGCAAGCUUAUGGACCAUCCCAGCGUCAACGACGUUGCUGUCAUCGGUGUCCAGGACGAAGAGAUGCACACCGAAGUGCCGAGAGCAUACGUUGUGCCAGCAAAGGGCAAAAACAGCGAGAAGGAUGCUAAGGAGAUCGUUGACUGGGUAUCAGGCCAAGUUGCGAGCCACAAGCGCCUCCGGGGAGGCGUACGCUUCAUCGAUGAAGUUCCGAAAUCUGCCAGCGGUAAGAUCUUGCGGAGAGUAUUGAAGGACAAGGCCAAGCAGGAAGAGAAGCAAAGUGGGAAGAAGGCGAAGAUCUGA